CGUUCUGAAGUGGAUGGACUUCAGUUGCCAGUUGGUGUAAUCAGGCUGUUUCCAGAGUCUGAUCUUGUCCCUUUAGUAACUGUUCCAAAAUACUUGGGACAUUUAUAAGUAAGAACUCAUGACUCCCACAUAUUCAGGUCAGAAAAAAAUUCAUAAAAGGAAAGCAAGCAGUGUUGAUGAUUUUUUAUUUGAAUAACAGAAUAGGGACUGCAUGGAUUCUCCCACAUCCUUUGAGCUUAAACUGUGAUGUUAAAAAACAAACAACUCAGUCAGUGUGCUCCAAAGCCUGGCUAUAAUAACACACACUUAAAAGCUAGAUUUAUGCUAUUUAUUAGCCCUGUGUCCUUGGGUGGUUUACCUCCUCACUAUACAGCCUCACAUUUGUCAUCUCCACAGUGGGGAGAACAGUACCAGUCUUAUGGGGUUGUUAUCUGUGGUUUGAGUUACUCAUAAGCUUUCUUACACCUCAAGCUUUUAGCCCUGGGCCUGGGACAGAGUAGAUAUUUCAAUAAAUAUUUACUGAAUGAAUAAAAGUCUCACAUUCCAUUUCUUCCUGCAAUAUCUUUGCUUAUUCUGCUUUUUCCUCCCCUUCUACUUCUAUCCAAAUUCUAUGCUUUCCUCAAGGUUCCGUUCAACUUUAUUUUCCACAAAGCUAAGCCAUUUGCUCCAGCUCAACUUCUCCAUGUUGACUUUGUGUCUGCCUGGAAUCCUGCCUGCUCUUCACUUUAUCUACCUGGCAAAUUCCUACUUAUCCUUUAAAUCCAGCUCAAGUAUCACCUCUACCAGGGAGCCUUCCCAUGGGUCUCUCCUCUUGUUACUUCCCAGAAUAUUUAAAAGAUGCUUCAAAGAAGAUGAAAAACGGGCUAAUGUUUGUAAAACUGGUUAACCCGUGUUCAGGAGAAGGAGCCAUUUACUUGUUCAAUAUGUGUCUACAGCAGCUGUUUGAAGUAAAAGUUUUCAAGGAAAAACACCAUUCUUGGUUUAUAAAUCAAUCAGUUCAAUCAGGAGGUCUUCUCCAUUUUGCCACACCUGUGGAUCCUCUAUUUCUGCUUCUCCAUUACCUCAUAAAGGCUGAAAAGGAGGGGAAGUUUCAGCCCCUUGAUCAAGUUGUGGUGGAUAACGUGUUUCCAAACUGCAUCUUGUUGCUGAAACUUCCUGGACUUGAGAAGUUACUUCACCAUGUGACAGAGGAAAAAGAAAUAGACAACAAGAAAUAUUACAAGUACAGCAAAGAGAAGACAUUAAAGUGGCUGGAAAAAAAGGUUAAUCAAACUGUGGCAGCAUUAAAAACCAAUAAUGUGAAUGUCAGUUCUCGGGUACAGUCAACUGCAUUUUUAUCUGGUGACCAAGUUUCCACUGACAAGGAAGAGGAUUAUAUUCGUUAUGCCCAUGGUCUGAUAUCUGAUUACAUCCCUAAAGAAUUAAGUGAUGACUUAUCUAAAUACUUAAAGCUUCCAGAACCUUCAGCCUCAUUGCCAAAUCCUCCAUCAAAGAAAAUAAAGUUAUCAGAUGAGCCUGUAGAAGCAAAAGAAGAUUACACUAAGUUUAAUACUAAAGAUUUGAAGACUGAAAAGAAAAAUAGCAAAAUGACUGCAGCUCAGAAGGCUUUGGCUAAAGUUGACAAGAGUGGAAUGAAAAGUAUUGAUACCUUUUUUGGUGUAAAAAAUAAAAAAAAAAUUGGAAAGGUUUGAAACUUUGAAAAUAAAAUCUAGCAAAAAUAUUUGCUUUUUACAUGUUUCAGUUUGUCCUUCCUGACCGUUAAUGACUACCUUUGGUGGGGGGAAGGAGGUGGCCAAUAUCAUGUUCUCUUAAACAUUUCUUUGCAUUUGGUUUUUGUGUUCCUGAACGAAACAUGAGAAAGUGUGUAACUUCAUGGCUAUGGCCUUUUGGAGUCUCAUCUGACAUAAUGAAAAGUAAUCACUUGAAGAGAAUUAACAUAUAGCAUCAUGAUUUUCUCAAUAAACUGAUGUGUAACAA